UUCUCCUCUUCUCUCUUUACCUUUCUCCAUUUCUCUCUUCGAUUUUCCAUGGGGGCUUACCGUCAAUUCCCCGCCAUUUCUAAAUGCACCACCGCAGGACGCGAAAACCAGACGGUGGCUGCGGAUCUAGACGGAACUCUGCUUCUUUCGCAAAGCGCUUUUCCUUACUUCAUGCUUGUGGCUGUCGAAGCCGGGAGUAUUUUCCGGGGACUUCUUCUUCUCGUCUCUGUGCCGUUUGUUUACUUUGUUUACUUUUUUUUCUCUGAAUCUGUUGCCAUUCAGGCUUUUAUUUUCGUUGCAUUUGCUGGAUUGAAGGUCGCCGAUAUCGAAAUGGUGGCUCGUUCUGUUUUGCCUAAAUUUUACUGUGAGGAUGUUAAUCCUGAAACUUGGAACGUGUUUAAUUCGUUUGGAAAGAGGUUGAUUGUGACGGCGAAUCCUAGGGUUAUGGUGGAGCCGUUUGUGAAGACGUUUUUGGGCGCUGAUAAAGUCAUUGGAACAGAGCUUGAAAUUACCAAAUCCGGUAGGGCUACUGGAUUUGUUAAGAAACCUGGAGUUCUCGUCGGCGAUCUGAAGAAGACGGCUCUUGUUAAGGAAGUUGGCGCUGAUUUGCCGGAUUUGGGGCUCGGUGAUAGAGAAACUGACCAUGAGUUCAUGUCAAUCUGCAAGGAAGGAUAUAUGGUGCCAAGAUCGAACAGGGAGCCAUUACCGAGAAACGAGCUUUUGAGUCCAAUUAUUUUCCACGACGGCCGAUUCGUGCAACGGCCGACGCCACUGGCUGCGCUAUUGACCUUUUUAUGGCUUCCGAUCGGCGUAAUGCUUUCAAUUCUCAGAGUCUACACCAACAUCCCCUUGCCGGAAAGAAUCGCUUGGUACAACUACAAGUUUCUUGGAAUUAAGAUCAAUGUUAAGGGAACUCCACCGCCGCCGCCGAAGAAAGGCCAGAGCGGCGUCCUCUUCGUCUGCAACCACCGCACCGUCUUAGAUCCAGUGAUUAUCGCCGUCGCAUUAGGCAGAAAAAUCAGUUGCGUUACUUACAGUAUAAGUAAAUUCACCGAAAUAAUUUCUCCGAUUAAGGCCGUGGCGCUAUCGAGAGACAGAGAGAAAGAUGCGGCUCAUAUUAAACGUCUUCUUGAAGAUGGCGACCUUGUGAUUUGCCCUGAAGGAACGACUUGCAGAGAGCCAUUUCUGUUGCGAUUUAGUGCUCUUUUCGCCGAGUUAACUGACAGAAUCGUCCCCGUCGCCAUUAACACGAAACAGAGUGUGUUCUUCGGAACGACGGUUAAUGGACACAAAUUGCUGGAUCCAUAUUUCGUGUUUAUGAAUCCGAGGCCGACUUACGAUAUCACGUUUCUGAAUCAGUUGCCGGCGGAAAUGACCUGCAGCAGCGGGAAAUCGGCGAUUGAGGUGGCGAAUUACAUUCAGAGGGCGGUCGCCGGAACUCUUGGAUUUGAGUGCACUAAUUUGACCAGAAAGGGGAAAUACGGGAUUCUUGCUGGAACUGAUGGCCGAGUUUCUUCUAAAAACGAAAAUGCCGAAUUGGUUAAGAAGAACACUUGAACAAAAAAAAAAAAAA